ACUACAAGAGACCAUCCAACCACGAAUUGGAAGAAUUUUUUGAAAAGUUAAUUUUGAAUGAACGCCAUGAGCAUUGCGAAAAUUCUCAUUUUGAUUGCUGUCUGCCUGGCAGCGAUUGGGAACGCCCAUAACUGCCCCUACAGUCAUCGUUCCGGGGCUAAUCCUCAUCAUGGCCAUGGUGCCAUUGGAGGAGUUGAAAAGGGUGCAGGAUGCCCUUACGGAUAUUCGAAAUCCGUUGGUUCCAGAAGCAUGAGCAAGUGUCCUUACGGAUAUCCGAAAUCGGGAUUCAACGAUGGACAAUGUCCUCACGGCUUUAAGAAUAACGAUCCUGGAAGUGGAUGCCCAUGGGGAUUCAAUAAGCAAUCAUCGGUAAGCGGAACGAAAUGUCCAUUCGGAUAUACUAGAGAUUUUGCAUCAAAAUCCGGAUGCCCUUACAACUUUGAGAAAUCAAGCCAAGGAUGCCCUCUCGGCAUCAAGAAACAAGAAGUUGAAGGAUCCAAAUGCCCUUACGGAUACAAGAAAGAGGCGAUUGGAGACGGAAAAUGCCCAGCUGGUUUCUCCGGAGUUUCUACUGGAAAUGGAUGCCCAAUUGGCUUCAAGCGCAAUCAAGUGGACGGAUCUAAGUGCCCCUUUGGAUACACUGCUCUCGAUGCAAUUGCGAAUGGCUGCCCAUUCGGUUUCAAGAAAAAUGCAACAGGAUGUCCACUUGGUAUCAAGAAAGGACUGGUUGCAGGAUCCAAGUGUCCCUACGGCGGAACUAGAGAAGCUGCUGAAGAUGGCGUUUGUCCAUUAGGUUUUAAGGCUAGCGGUUUCGGAAAAGGAUGUCCAUUUGGAAUUAAAAAACAACAAAUUGCUGGCACCAAAUGCCCAUAUGGAUUCAGCAAGGCCAUCGCUCAAGGUUGUCCACACGGUUUCAAGAAAUCUGCUAAUGGUGCUGGAUGCCCUUAUGGCUUUAACAAAGCUGUUGCUCCGUUCACUAAAUGCCCUUACGGCUACAUGAAAUCCUCCGGCAUCCGAUCGAAAAUGAGCAAAUGUCCAUAUGGAUAUCCGAAAUCUGGUUUCAACGAUGGAGUUUGUCCCCACGGAUUUAAGAAAACGGGGUCUGGUGCUGGUUGUCCAUGGGGUUUUAAGCAAUCUACCGUUGCGGGAACAAAAUGCCCAUUCGGAUAUAAUAAUGCUUUGGCUUCAAAAUCAGGCUGUCCCUAUGGUUUUAAGAAAUCCGAUAAAGGAUGCCCAUUGGGUGUUAAGAAAGGACUCGUCGAAGGAUCAAAAUGCCCCUUCGGAUACAAGAAGGAAUCCAUCGGUGAUGGCAAAUGUCCUGCUGGAUUUUCUGGAGUCGCAACCGGAAAAGGUUGUCCUUUAGGCUUCAAGCGUCAGUUGGUUGAAGGAUCUCAAUGCCCGUUCGGAUACACUCGAGAAGACGCAGCUGCGCCAGGUUGUCCCCAUAACUUUAAAAAGGGCGUUUCCGGAUGCCCACUAGGAAUCAAGAAGGGACUCGUUGCUGGAUCGAAAUGCCCCUACGGCGGAACUUUUGAAGAGGCUAAUGACGGCAAAUGCCCUUUUGGAUACAAGCCAACUGGUUCUGGUAACGGCUGCCCCUACGGUCUGAAGAAACAAAUGGUUGCCGGAAGCAAAUGUCCCUACGGAUAUGGCCCAAGUGAUGUUGCAACAAACGGAUGUCCGCAUGGCUUCAAGAAAUCUGAUUCUGGAUGCCCUUACGGCUUCAGCAAACCAACUGAUGCUGCCCAUAAAUGCCCAUACAGCCACUCGAAAUUAGUCAGCUACAAGAGCAAGAGCAGAUGUCCCUACAGAUACCCGAAAUCUGGAUUCAAUGACGGAAACUGCCCUUACGGAUUCAACAAGACCGGAUCUGGCGAACCGUGCCCAUUUGGCUUCAAGCAAUCGUCAACGGAAGGCACACGUUGCCCGUUUGGCUAUUCUGCAUCGGCAAUCAAACCUGGAUGUCCCCUCAAUUUCAAGAAAUCUGAUUCUGGAUGCCCACUUGGUGUUAAGAAAGGACUAGUGGAAGGAUCGAAGUGUCCCUUUGGUUACACGAGAGAUGCGGCCACCGAUGGUAAAUGCCCGCUCGGCUUCCAAGGAACUGGUUCCGGAAAGGGAUGCCCUCUAGGACUCAAGAAACAAUCGGUGGAAGGAACCUCAUGCCCCUAUGGAUAUACUAGAGAAGCAGCUGCUGCAUCAGGUUGUCCUUACGGAUUCAAGAAAAAUGCUGGUGGAUGCCCAUUGGGGCUCAAGCGAGGAUUGGUCGAAGGCUCGAAAUGCCCCUUCGGAUUCUCGGUCGCUCAAUCAACCGAUGGCAAGUGCCCCUUAGGUUUUGGGUCUUCAGGUUCUGGUCAUGGCUGUCCAUUUGGAAUUAAGAAACAAAUGGUUGCCGGAAGCAAAUGCCCUUACGGAUACACGCGUAACGAUGCUUCAGCUAGUGGUUGUCCUCAUGGCUUCAAGAAAUCCGCCAACGGCUGUCCUCUCGGAAUCCAGAAACCAUCAUCCAGUUACCAUCACUCUAAGGUUGGAUCAAAAUGCCCUUACAUUAGAAAAGGAUCUAAAUGCCCAUACAGUCAGCAGGGAGUCAAAUGCCCUUACGGCCAUCAUACCGUCAUGCCUCAAACACGUGAAUACUCGAUGAAGGACGAAGAUCGUGCUUUGAUCAAGGCCACCUGGAAAGUCGCCAAGAAAAAUGGAAACAUUGCACCAAAAGCGUUCAUCCGUUACUUCAAACUGAAACCCGAAACCCAAAAGAAGUUUGCCGCUUUUGCUGACGUCGAUCUGGCUGAUUUGCCCACCAACAAUCACUUCUUGAAUCAAGCGUAUACCUGCCUGGCCGGCCUCAAUGCAUACAUUGACAACCUGGGCAAAAACCCGAAAAGCUGUCCUUACCUCAACUCGCCCGCCUUCAAAGACGUGAAACCCGACGAGCUUAAAUUAUUUGGUGAAGUCAUGUUCAAUGUCAUGGAGGAAGAGCUUGGACAAUUGUUUUCCACCGAAGCCAGAAAAGCCUGGAAAGAUGGUUUGAGAGCUUGCGACGUUGCUAUUCGCAAGUCUCGUUAAAGCGUAAAUCGACUCGUCUUUGAACUCUUUCCCGACAUUAAUGUUCUCUUUCAAAUUUCUUUCAAAUAUUUAGGGUGUAGCUUUUAAGUUUUAAAUAGGGAAAAAAUACACAUCUAACUGGCGCAAAUCUGGUUUGAUGGGAAGAAUGUUUGAAAUCCAUCAAUUCUAAAAAUAGGAAUGAAAAACGAAAUCAGU